AUGGCCAAAACAAGGAGAAAGAAGAGGACUCAUGUUCCCAAUAAUGAUGUACCCGGAAAGCCAGGUCAGGCCAACCGCCGGCCGAAGAGCAUGGUCAUUCGCAUGGGUGCCGGCGACGUCGGUCCCAGCGUCACCCAACUGGCCAGGGAUUUCAGGACGGUGAUGGAACCGGACACUGCCAGCAGAUUAAAGGAACGCAAAGCAAACAAACUGAAAGAUUACACUGCCAUGGCUGGUCCAUUGGGGGUGACGCACCUAUUCCUAUUUUCACGAUCCAAGACCGGCAACGUCCACCUCAGAGUUGCAUUGGCCCCUCGCGGUCCAACGCUUACCUUCAGAGUCGAGAGGUAUGCCCUGUGCAAGGAUAUUGCCAAAGCGCAGAAGCAUCCGCGCGGAGGAGGGAAAGAAUACCUGCACGCUCCGUUACUGGUGAUGAACAAUUUCACAUCCCAGGCUGCCGGAGAGCCCAAUGCCGAUCCGAUCAAGAAACAGCUCGAAUCCCUCACCACGACCGUCUUUCAGGGCAUCUUCCCUCCCAUCAGCCCGCAGACCACACCGUUAAAUUCUAUCAAGCGAGUGUUACUGUUGAAUCGAGAGUCACAGGCAGAAGGAACAUAUGUCAUCAGUCUUCGGCACUACGCGAUCACCACUCGCAAAGCCGGUGUCUCGAAACGAGUGCGCAGAUUUGACCCGAGCGAGCAGCGGCUGAGAGAAAAGAAGACCGGCGCGCUACCAAACCUGGGCAAACUGGAUGAUGUGGCGGACUAUAUACUUGACCCCGCAGCUGGAGGGUACACUUCAGCCAGCGAGACCGAGCUAGAUACCGAUGCCGAAGUGGAGGUGACACAAACGACGACCCAGCGGGUAUUGAGCAGACGAGAACAGCAGAAACAGCAGGCCGGUGAGAACGAUAAGGGCAAAGCAAAGACCGCCGGCCCUGCAUCGAAUGUGGAGAGACGAGCUGUCAAACUGGUGGAACUUGGCCCGCGCAUGAGACUGCGCAUGGUGAAGGUGGAAGAAGGGAUUUGCGAAGGCCGGGUCAUGUGGAACGAGUUUGUGACAAAGACGAAAGCCGAAGAAAAGGAGUUGGAUGAGAAAUGGGCGCAAAAGCGCAAAGAGAAAGAGGCCCGUAAGCAACAGCAAAGGGAGAACAUUGAGCGCAAGAAGCAAUUGAAGAAGAACACGAAGGCAAAUGCCGGACAAGGUGAGGGCGAGGAGGAAGAUGACGAAGAAGAGGAGUGGGAUAGUGAUGAGCUAGAAGAUUGGGACGACGACGAUCUUAACGACGACGAUGACUCUGGGGAUGAAGACGAGGAAGACCAAGACCACGACCAGGAGAUGGAAGGUUGA